GCGCCUGUAUGUCAGGGAAAUAUGGUUUAGACUGUAGCUACACCUGCCACUGUGGCGCUGACAACUGCAAUGAAGUCACAGGUUGUUCUGGUAGUUGUCAGGAAGGAUGGUUGGGACCAAGAUGCACAACAGAAAAUAUAGCCUUACGGAAAACUACCUACCAGAGUUCAUACAUCCCAGAGUACACGCAUAUCGCUGAGAAUGCUGUAGAUGGCAACCGAGAAGAAGGGAAGUGUAUGAUAACUGGUGUUAAUCUGCCAUUCACGUGGUGGGAAGUAAACUUGGGAGAAGACUACUACAUACACACGCUAGACAUUUACUUCCGCAGCACAGAAUAUACAGUUCGGAGAAAUGGUGUUCAUAUCUACAGCUCAACGGAAGCCAACCGUUCGAAUACGGGCCGCCUGUGUGGUUCGACCACUUUAAAUAGUCCUGAUGUAACAACAGUUAUAUGUAACAGUACAGCCAGAUACAUCACUCUCUACCGGCAACAAACAGACAAUGACGGCAAAAGCACAAUGGACUUUUGUGAAGUAGAAGUGUUCAUUUGUGAUCCUGGGACGUUUGGUGAUAACUGCAGUCAGUUCUGUCACUGUGAAGAUGGGCCGUGUAACUAUGUAACUGGACAGUGUACAGGAGGAUGUAAACCAAACUGGGUUGGGGAGAAAUGUAACGGUUGUGAUUCCAGUCACUAUGGUGAAUUAUGCAGUAAACAAUGUUCCAGUAGACAUUGUGACAAAGCAACCGGGAAAUCAUCGUGUGACAUCAACGGGACAUGCGACAAGGGCUGUGACCCUGGAUGGAAGGGAACAGACUGUAUGGAAAAAUGCCCUAAUAGACAGUAUGGACAAGAUUGUGGAAAAUCGUGUGCGGACCGGAAAUGUCUGGAUAGUUCCGUUACCUGUUAUCACGUGACUGGGGAGUGUGUCGACGGCUGUAAGCGGGGAUAUCAAUCUGUGGAUUGUACCAAAC